CCAUCUUCCCGGAAAAGAGAUGAAAAAGACUUAGAUAUAUUGGAAUAUAGUUCAAUUACUCAAUUAGCUGAUGUUUUAGUUUAGCCUUCCUUGUUUAUGCGAAGUACCUCUCAUCAUUUGCAGCAGUUAAUGGCUUCCUCUUCUUCUUCUUCCAAUACUCCUAAAUUAGAGUACGAGGUUUUCCUUAGUUUCCAUGGUGAGGACACCCGGCAAAACUUUACCAGCCAUCUGUAUGAAGCCUUUUGUAAGAAAAAGAUUAAAACUUUCAUUGAUGAUAAGCUUAAUAGAGGAGAAGAAAUUUCUCCCUCUCUUUUGAAGGCAAUUGAACAUUCAAAGAUCUCGGUUAUCAUUUUCUCUAAACGCUACGCUUCCUCCAGAUGGUGUCUCAAAGAACUUGAGGAGAUUGUUAAAUGUAAGAACACGUAUGAUCAGAUCGUAAUACCAGUCUUCUAUGACGUAGAUCCAUCUCAUGUCAGGAAUCAAACUGGGGUUUUUGGGGAAGCAUUUGCUGAGCUUGAAAAGCGUUUUAUGGAUGAUUCAGAGAUGUUGCAGAGAUGGAGGACUGCUUUGAGGGAUGCAGCCAACAUUUCUGGUUAUGAUUCAAAGAACUCUAGGAAUGAGACAACGCUGAUAAAAGAUCUUGUCAAUGAUGUAUGGAAGAAAUUGGAUUACAACUCCUCAAUUAUUCCUUCCAAAUACCUAGUUGGACUAGAGUCAUCAAUCGAAGAGAUUGAAAAUUUAUUAUGUUCAAAGGGUGUUUGUAAGCUAGGAAUUUGGGGCAUCGGGGGCAUAGGAAAAACUACUCUUGCUGAUGCUAUAUUUAAAAAAAUCUCUAAACAAUUUGAAGAAUCUUACUUCAUUUCAAAUAUUAGAGAAGAAUCAGAAAAUAGUGGGGGAUUAAAUGACUUAUGCCAAAAAUUGAGUUCUGCAGUUUUAGGGGAUGAACAUCCCAAUCAUAGAUUCACCUUCACAAGAAGAAGUCUUAUUAGCAGAAAAAAAGUUCUUAUUGUAUUUGAUGAUGUAACGAAGUUAAAGCAAAUGCAAUGUUUAAUGGCAAUUUUUGGUGAGUUGGAUUCAUACAGUCGAAUCAUUAUAACGUCAAGGGAUAAACAUGUGCUAAAAAAUUGUGAAGUGGAUCGCAUUCAUGAGAUGACACUGUUAUCUCCUGAUGAUGCUUUUCAACUUUUUGAACUACAUGCCUUUAGAGGAAACUCUCCAACAGCAGAUUAUACAAAGCUAUCAUAUGAAGUGGUAGCUUAUGUUGAAGGUCUUCCACUAGCUCUUGAAGUUUUAGGUUCCUUUUUAUUCACUAGGACAAAGGGAGAUUGGGAAAGUGCACUAGAAAAGUUGAAAACAAGACCUUAUGGGGAUGUCCAAAAGGUAUUAAAAAUAAGUUACGAAGGACUAGAUGGUGAAUAUAAGCGUGUAUUUUUGGAUAUUGCAUGUUUCUUUAAAGGGUGUGAAAGAGAUUUUGUAGAAGCAAUCUUGAAAGCUUGUGGCUUAAACCCUCGUAUUUAUAUAAAAGUUCUCAUUGAAAGGUGUCUCAUAACUACAUCAUUUGACACCAUAACAAUGCAUGAUUUACUUGAACAAAUGGGUAGAGAAAUUGUUCGGCAAGAAUCAAUUGAUAAUCCUGGCGAACGUAGUCAUUUGUGGGAUCAUGAGGAUAUAUUUUCAGUAUUGAAGAAUAAUACGGGAACUAGAGCAAUUCGAAGCAUAUGCUUGGAUAUGUCUAAAGUAGAAAAGCUGCAUUUAGAUCCUGAAGCUUUUAACAACAUGCAAAACCUACGAUUCUUGAAAUUUUAUGGGUUUGAACAUGGAAAGAAUGUGCCUGAAUCUAAUUCCUCUGCAUUGCUCCACAUCUUGAGAUGGUUGAAAAGAGAAAACUCCAAUGAUGGAAAGGUGCAUGGUUUUGAGAAACUUAAAUUUGAUUUCCAUCCGAUAAGGUACUUUUGCUUUCAUGGAUAUCCUGACAAAUCAUUGCCGUCAAAUUUUAAUCCAAAGAACCUUGUUGCACUUUACAUGCCUAAUAGCAAAGUUGAAAAACUUUGGACUGGUAACCAGGUUCUUGUUAAUUUGAAACAUAUUGACCUCAGUGACUCUAAGCAUCUACGCAGAAUACCAGAUUUGUCACUUAUGCCAAAUCUUGAGAGCUUAGAACUUGAUACUUGUACAAAUUUGCUUGAGAGUUUUUCAUCUAUCCAUAAUCUCCAUAAACUUGUUAUCCUGAAUCUACAAGGAUGCAAAAGCUUGAAAAAUCUUUCAAUUAGUGAUAGUUGCCAAUCUCUUCGACAAGUUUUUCUCUCUGGUUGCUCAAAUCUCGAAACAAUUCAAUAUCUCCCUGAUACAGUUGAAGAGUUAUAUCUAAAUAAUACUGCCAUUAAAGAAUUGCUAUCAAUAGAGCAUUUAUUUAGACUAGAAAUGUUGAAUCUUGAAAAUUGUUCAAGGCUUGAGAGAUUACCAAAUAGUAUUCGUGAGUUGAAAUCUCUUAAAGAACUGUAUCUCUUAAAUUGUUCCAAACUUGAUAGAUUACCUAAUGACAUAGGAAACUUACAAACUCUGGAGCAUCUGUUACUGGAGGAUAUUUCUUUUGUAGAAAUACCACCAUUUAUUACAAGUUUGAUCAACUUGGAGACAUUAGGUUUGAGUAGAUGCAACAUGCAGAAGCGAUUCGGUAUCCCACUCGUCGAUUUCUCUGUCUUCCAAAGACUAUCAAUCUUAUACCUGAUUGAUUGUCGCCUUGAGGUGUUACCCAACGGUAUUUGCAAAUUACUGUCGCUGUUUUCUUUAGAUCUUAGCGGAAACGAUUUUCAGACGCUACCAGAGAGCAUCAAAGACCUCUCUAACUUGCGAGAUCUUUGGUUGAGGAAUUGCCAGAGGCUUAAAGACUUACCAAAGCUUCCAAGAAGUUUACGAGUACUGCAUGCAAUGAAUUGCAUAUCUCUUGAAUCAAUAUCAAGUUUACUAGAUAUGAAUUGUCUUUUGGGGACAAGUGACUUCAUCAAUUGUUUCAAAUUAAAAUUAGAUAUGACAAAUCUUGCCUUGAUUAUUGGGAGAAGUGCAGAUGCGUUGUGUCACCGCUUUGAUAUCAAGUAUGAACUGCAAACGGCGAAGAUUGUUUACCCUGGAGGCAGAAUUCCAAAGUUUUUUGACUUAAAAAGUAAUGAAUCUUUUAUAAAGUUUCCAGAAGGUUGGGCCAAAGAUAACUUAAUUGGUUUCAUUAUAUGUGUUGUUGUAUCAUCACAAGACGAUAAACUAAAUGUUGGAUUUCGCCUGAUUGUUAAUGGAAAGAUGAUUUUUUCUGAUUAUCUGAUUGACUCAUGGCCUGUUUGUCUUAAAUUUCCUAAAGGAGAGGAAGUUAUUGAAUUAGAUCAUGUAGUCAUAGGUUUUCAAUGCCUUCAUAUGUUUGAGGCAUUUUCUACACUCAAUUUGAAUAGCCAAGGUGGUAUUGAGUUCUUCGUUGAACAUGCAACUAAGAAUGGUGAGGUUCGAAAUCAAGUGAAAAAAUGUGGAGUGACUUUGUUAUAUGCCAAAAAUGAUGGUUUGAGAAGAGUUAAGUGGACAAAAAUGAAGAAAGAUCUCGAGUGGUGGAAACUUGAAGGUUGAAAUGUUGUUACAGAAAAGGUAAUGUAAGUACAAAAUCCCUAAACUUAUAAUAUUAGGUCAGAACAUGUCGAUAAGAUCCCCAUUAUGUCCCCAUGUCUAAUCUUGGAGCUUUUUCCUAUGGUAUUCUUUACAGAUGAUGUGGCUUACUGCAUAGUUGUUUAAUAGUUUCAAGGUGUUGUAUGGUUACAGAGAUGUUUUGCUGCUAUUUGGUUCUCUAGGCUAUGAAAGGGUAUUGGUUGCUGUUCGAUACUGCUGUAAGCUUGCUAUUAACUAGCAAUUAAUUAGGUGUUAUAUCCAUUGCUGCUUGGCAUAACUUGGAGAAAUAAUUUGAUGUGAAAUUUGCUAAUCAUCUAGCCUCACUCUCUGUACAGGGGUUGUUAGAGUCCUCGGUUAACAGCAGGAAACAAAUUGAUGCCGUACAUUUCAUUCAUGCCUUUCAUCUUACUGAAAGCUUUCCCCCUGUUCCCCUCUCGAAGACAUACUUAAAGAACUGAAGCAGAAACUCACAGGGAAAGGGUGUGAGUUCGGGUGGAGAUACUAGUGCACAGGUUAAUUUUCAUACUAAAGCAUAAUGAGUGAGUGAUGCUUGGAAAUUCCUUUGUAACUAUAUGCUAAAUGAGAAUUUUCUUUUCAAUACAGAUUGAUGUAAAUGCACAGGAACUUGCUGCUUUGACAGCUGUAGUUAGUUGUGUCCAAGAGUACAGGCUUGAACCUGACAAUCCUCUCGAUCCAGUUCAGAAAAGGAUUGAACAACUGGAGAGGUUGAAAUCUGAUAAGAAAAGGGGUGGAGAUUUUGGGAGACGUCAACACUCCAAGAAACAAAGAGCAAACUGAGGAUACAGUGGAUUUCUUUCUUACAGUGGCAAGGCAGCUCUUCGUAGGCGUGUUCUGCCUGCUUUCUGAUGUGUCGGGCCCUUGCGAGCAAAAUGCAACAUUUUCUUUGACAGGGCAGCAUAUGGAGGAAUGCCUGAGACAUGUCCUCUGGCUGGUCCAAACUCUUAUGAUUAUCAAGUUCCUAGCCAGCCUGUUUUUGCUGAGCAACCAAAUGAUCAAAGAAUAUGCUUUUUUAUCCCCAAGAUGUAGUUAUCAAAUGCAAGAUUUGUGUGCAACCUAAGUGAAUGUGCACAGAAUUUAUUUGUGAGUGAA